GUUGGGACUUUGUGGAGGUGAAACACCCUGGACGCACAGCAUCGGCGAUAGUCAGACUUCACAAGAAUAACUAAUCACCGUAUUCGAUUGGCCAAUUUUGUCGGAAAGACGAGGAUGCCGUGGGUGGCGCCCUGUUCGGUUCAGCGUUCGGUUGCUCCGUCAGACUUCAAUUGCAAGGAAUUGCAUCAGCCGCACUUGUCAAGUGUCACGCGUUUUGCUAUUUAAUCCGAAGGCCUAUCGUCUUUCGUCGCUCGCCCUUCUCCCGCCCCACGAGUGCCUAACUUCACGAUGUCCUCUCGCGCCCCCACCACCCGCAGAUUCUCUACCUUCUCUGGCAAGGCCUCCAGUGAGAAAGGCACUGCUACCUCUGAGCUAGGGACUUCUGCUACGCCGUCCAUGGCAGAGGCCAGCCACCACAAGGCCCUCUCCGGCUUCCAGAGUCUUCUGAAACGCGGAUGGGAGGAAAUAAACGAGAGCAGCGUUUCUGCUAUCCUCGAUGCCGCUCGUCAUAGCGAGUCGCUUGAUGAUAGGAAGAUGCUUCUUGAGCAUAUGCUAACCUUCAUGUCGAAGACGCCCCCGGGUAAGACCCAGGAUAUGAUGCAGAAGUACGUUAUCAAAGAACUUUACAAUGACCUGGAACACCCUCCUCCGACGUGGAUCGGCCCUCAAUACGCCUUCCGCUCUGCCGACGGCGGAGGAAACAACCCUGAUUUCCCUGACUUGGGUCGCGCUGGGCAGCCAUACGCGCGUUCUGUCCAGCAGAUUAACCCUCUUCCUCGUUAUGAGAUGCCUGACGCUGGUCUGGUGUUCGACACCCUCCUGAGACGCGACAAGUUCCGCAAGCACCCUGCCGGUCUUUCGUCUCUGAUGUUCUCCUUUGCCGCCCUUGUCAUUCACAGCAUCUUCCGCACUGAUCACAAAGAUGUCAACAUUAACAUGACUUCAGGCUAUGUUGACCUUGCCCCCUUGUACGGCAACGACCAAGCGAUGCAAGACAAGCUCCGGGCGAAAGAGGGUCGGGGUUUGUUGCAUCCCGAUGUCUUUGCAGAGGAUCGUCUCCUUCUGCUUCCGCCAGCAUGCUGUGUUCUCCUUGUUCUGUUCAGCCGUAACCACAACUAUAUCGCCAAACGCCUCCUCGAGAUCAAUGAACGUGGAUCCUGGGCCGACCCUGCAACUUUGCAAAACAGCCCCGACAAACUCCUCAAGCAGGAUGAGGAGAUCUUCCAGAUUGCGCGUUUGUGCAACUGCGCGUGGUUCGCGAGUGUCGUAUUUAGCGACUACUUUAGUGCCAUUCUUGGUCUCGUCCGUCAAGGCAGCAGCUGGUCGCUGAUGCCCUUCAGCGAGUUCCGCGAGUCAGAUCACAGCUUGUUCGAGCGUGGUCGUGGUAACGCCGUCUCCGUCGAGUUCAACUGCUUGUACCGUUGGCACGCGACGACCUCCCAGGAAGACGAACAGUGGAUUCAUAAGCAGAUAUCUGCUCUAUUCCCUGGUGUCGACCCUGAUGCUAUCACUCCCAGAGACUUUUAUACCACUGCUGGCAAGCUCCAAGCAAUGGAGCCUGACGUUGAGCACUGGCACUUCGGAGACCUUAAGCGCCAAGAAAAUGGCCUUUUCCGUGACGAGGACCUCGCUCGCGUCCUCAUGGAUGGGACCUCUCACCGCGCUGCUUCCUUCGGUGCUCGCGGUACUCCUCCAUGCAUGCGUCUCCACGAGAUUAUGGGCAUUGAAGCCAACCGUGCUUGGGGUGUCUGCUCCUUAAACGAGUUCAGAAAGUACUUAGGUCUCAAGACCUAUACGACGUUCUUGGAAUGGAAUCCCGACCCUGAGAUUGCUAACGCUGCUGAGAAGCUCUACAAUCACAUCGAUAACCUCGAGCUUUACGUCGGUCUUCAGGCCGAGGAAACCAAGCCUGUUACCGAUGGCGCUGGCCUCUGCCCAGGCUACACCGUGGCCCGGGCCAUUCUCGCGGAUGCCAUCGCUCUGACCCGUGGUGACCGCUUCUUCACCACGGACUACACUCCUUGGAACAUGACUGCCUGGGGCUUCGCCGACUGCCAGCGUGAUCCUGAUGCUUAUGGCUUCGGUUCGACGCUAGGCCGUCUCUUCCUCCGCCACCUGCCGAACCAGUACAGCAAGGACAGCGUCUACGCUUGGUUCCCUCUCAUGCACCCGGAGGCGAUGGAAGGUUACCUCGCCAAGUUGAAUAAGUCCGAUGGAUACUCUAUUCAACGCCCUAUCGCCCCUCCGAUCCCCGCGAAAGUCGAGAACUAUGUCGAGGCUGGCGAGAUCCUCAAGGAUGGACAGAAGUUCAGUGCCGUUGCUGUUGAGAAGGCUGCUGCCGUUAUCGAGGGCAAGGGCUUCUUUACUGCUUCUGCGGACGGCACUAAGGAGCAGAGCGAGUUCAUGGCGGCACUCAUCUCGAGCCCCGAGGACACUGCCAAAAUCGGCAAAUACUUCUUCAACAAAACUGUCGAACUCGUUCAGUCGAGCUCAUGGAGCCUCAUUGCUCAGAAGAAGCGCAGCGUCAACAUCAUUGCGGAUGUCUUGAAGGUAGUCCCUGUUUUCUGGGCCGCGAACGAGAUUGCUGGGAUUCCUUUGAAGACCAGUGAGCAUCACAGCGGUGCAUACACCCCUUCUGAGCUUUUCGACGUCCUUGGCGAGAUCUAUGAAUUUAUCUUCCUGGACGUCGAGCCUAGCAAUUACAUGGUUAAGCAGGAGCGCGUCAGAGAACAUGUGAAGACCCUUCACGGUCAUAUCAAGAGUCACCUUGGAGGCGCUGGUAGCCGCCUUUCUAUCUCCAACAUCUUCGGUACUAUCUUCGGUUCAAAGAAGAAGACGAUUCGCUCCGAGUUCCUCACUCGCCUAUUCGAGCUUGACCACAGCACUGAUGAGGCCUGCAACACCAUUCUCGCCCUGCUUGUUGGGACCACCGUGGAACUGACCGUUGCCAUGACCAAUGUGCUUAACCAGUUCCUGAGCACCGAGCAGCACGCGUCUGUCUUGGACUUGGCUCAGAGCAAGGACGAAACUGCCAUGCAGGGACUAACUGCUCGCGUUCUUGAAGCUCUUCGCCUUGAUCCUCCCUUCCGUGGUGUUUUCCGUAUUGCCACCACUGAUGCUGUUGUCGGCUCCUUGAGCGUCAAGAAGGGUGAGCGUGUCUUCGUCGACAUUGCCGCUGCUGGCUUCCAGGAGGAGGCCUUUGCCAAUGCCUCGAGCUUUGACCACACCCGUUCCCCCAAGGAGAAGUACCUCGCUGGCGAUGGCGCGUUCCGCUUCGUCGGUACCGAACUUGCGUCGAGGAUGAUUGUCGAGACCAUCCGCGGCAUUUACUCCUUCUCCAGUAUUGCUCGUGGACCUGGCCAGAGUGGCCAGCUCUCGCGCUUCAAGACGGAGGCCUACCCAUACUUGCACCAUGCUUACCUCGACGUCAAGCAGUUCCCCAGCCCGUGGCCGAGGGCCCUUGUGCUUCAGUACGAGCCUGUUUCGGCUUGAAAGCUCACAAGGAGGGAUGGCCUACAUUGCGAUGCCAAAGCUCUUUCCUUUUCUUUCUCAAAAUUACACGAACCGUGCUCAUGUCCAUGGAUGGAGUGGAAGUGCACAAUGAUACCGAUACAGACAUUGCUAUGUUUAUCGAAACCUGCUAUUCAUACUGUAGCGCACAUAUGAUGUUUUUAUACUUGCCACAACAAUUCCCCAUUCUUC